AUGCAUCCCGCUGCGCUCCUCCUUGCUCUCUCCCUCUCUGUCCACGCAGUCCCUAUCCUCAAUUCUCGUGGGAACGACACCUUCGAACGCCGGGAUGUUCCCUACAAAGUUGUCAACGUCGCAGGCCCCUCCACCCCUCUUGUCGAAACAAUCACCGCGACCAAUCCCCCGGCCACCAUCACGGUCACUGAAUACCCCUCAUCCACACCUACUGUCGUGCCUGGUCCUUCCUACUCAUCCUGGACCGUUGGACCGGCUGUGAGCGAUGCUCCUCUUGAGCGCCGUGAGACCAACAGCACCAAGAGAGCGUUCCGUCGAUUUGGUACAUCCAUCACCGAUGCCACCACCAACAGCACAGAAAGCCAUGCGAUUGUCGCACGCAGCAACGACACCGUCCCGGAUCUGGGUGAGCAUACUGCAACCCCUGAUCGUCGGUCUGACUCGCGCAAUGAGACGGACUACGCUCUGCAUGCCCGUAGCAACUCCACUUCCGAGGUCUUCGCCCGGGGCAAUGAUACCAUUUCGAAGCUGAUGGCUCGUCACGACGCAUCUGAGACCAGCAAUACCACUUCCGAGGUUUUUGCCCGAGGAAACGACACCAUCUCCAAGCUGAUGGCUCGUCAGCCUGCCACUCACGAAUCCGAGGCCCUCAACAGUACUUCUGGGGUUGUUGCUCGCAGCAACGAAACUGUUUCCAAGAUCCCAGCUGGUGGUGUCGAUGUUGCACAGCGUGACCUGAACACCAGCAAGGUUAUCUCCCACCCAAGUAGGGACUUGAACGGAACGGCUUUUCAGGCUCGAGAGCUGAAUGCUACUCACAAUGAUGCUGCUGCCGGUACCAUUAUCAAGCGUGUUGACAACACCACCGAUGCAGCUUCCAAGAUUUACGCUAGGAGCUCCAAUGACACCGUCCUUCAGUCCCGACAGACUCUCGAUGCCGCUGUUGACGCUGCUUCUGAUUUCAAGCACGAAAAUACCACCAAGCUUGCUACCAAGCCCAUGGCUCGGGCCCUGACAGAGGCUGAGAAAGCCGCGAUUCCGCGUAUGGCCAGGAGCUCAAAUGAGACCGCCUCGCAGGCGGAGGACGAGGGAGUCGUUGCAUAA